ACAAGUUGUGUCUUUAUCACCCCAACACUCCCCAACCUUUACAAUUCUUUGCUGAGCAGGCUGCUAUAUCCUGCAACUCCUCUCUCUCUCUCUCUCUCUCUCUCUCUCUCCUACAUUCAUUAGGGUUUUAUCCUUACUAAUCUCUAAGUAAUAACUUCAUUAGUAUUUCCCCUUUUCUUAGUUUCUUUAUAUCAUAUAGGAAAAAGAAUAUAUAGUAGUAUUAUAAUGGGAAGAUUAUUCUUGAUUGAGCUAGAAGGCAGAGCUUAUAAAUGCAAAUUCUGUAAAACCCACCUUGCUCUUGUUGAUGACCUUGUUUCUCGGGCUUUUCAGUGUCGCAAAGGGAAAGCAUAUCUGUUCAAACACAUGGUAAAUAUGAUCCUAGGAGCUUCAGAGGAAAGAUUUAUGCUUUCUGGGAUGCAUACUGUUGCAGAUGUAUAUUGCUGCAGUUGCGGACAGAUCGUUGGAUGGAAAUAUGAAGCAGCUCAAGAGAAAAGCCAAAAGUAUAAAGAAGGAAAAUUUGUCCUUGAAAGAAACAGGAUUAUUGAUGGAUUCAGCACUGAGUUUUACAUCGAUGCACAUCCAACGAGUGAUGCCGAUGAUGUUUAGAUGAGCAAUGAUGCAUCAAUGGUCUACCCAGUGGGUAUUAAACUCAUCAGAGAUAUACAAUUGAACAGUGAUUUAAAUUGAUAAGUUGUAUUUUGUUAUGUAAUAAUGUCUUUAUCACUAGUGAGUCAUCUACGUGUGAGUAGAUAAAGUUUUCUUUGAUGGUAAAAUAUGUUACACAUUUAUAACAUUUCUUUAUGUUUUAAGUGAAUAACAUCUUUUGUCAUCAAAGUUUUUAUGGAUAAAUUAUAUAGAAUUUACAUGUAUAUUAAUACGAGCAAAUAAGUGGCAAGGUCGUCUAAUAGAGUAUGCAAACCUAUAAGGCGAUCUACAAUUCAUCUCAUUUUAAAGAGGUUCAGAAUAUGAAAUUUAUUAUUUGUUUUGGUUUAA